CCUGUUUUCCACGUAGACAUUCAGUCCUCGGACUUCUGAACAGAAAAUCGAACCAAAAAAUGUACUCUCUGGCCAUUUUUGCCACCCUAAUUGGCACCAUCCACAGUGCCAAUAUUCUAGGUGUGUUUAUGUACCCAUCCCCCAGCCACCAAGUCGUGUUUCAACAAAUCUGGCAAGAACUCUCUCUUCGUGGCCACCAAGUCACUGUGGUAACCCCAAACCCUCUGAACAACUCCACCUUAACCAACCUAACCGAAAUCAGUGUCAAUUUCAUCUACGACGAAGUCGCUAGUUUCAUCUAUGAAGACCAUUCGAGCCCUUAUAAAGCCACAGAAACCUACUACAACACCUUACACUUGAUUGCAUGGAAGGAACUCAAUAGCCCUCAGUUCCAGAAACUGAUCCGGGACCAAACCAAGUCCUACGAUUUGAUCCUAAUCGAGUAUGUACACCCAGUAAUGUACGCUCUAAUGCACAGGUUCCAAGCACCCGUCAUUGCGAUAGCAGCGUCUGAAAUACCCAGCGCUUCGUACGACGCUGUUGGUAACCCAAACCACCCCAUUUUGUAUCCAGAGCCGAUCCUGAAUUUCACCCCAGCGCGGCUAACUCUAUGGGAGAAAUGCCAGAGUGUGUUGUUCUUCGUCUGGAGCAAAAUCUACUACCACAAUACCGUGGUACCACACGCCCACGAAACGGCAAAGAAAAUUUUCGGGGAAGAUGUUCCUUAUAUUGGGGAUCUGGAAAGAAAUGUCAGUAUGUUCUUUAUCAACAGGAACUUGUUGUUGAAUCCUCCUAGAGCCAACGUGCCUGCGAUUGUAGAAAUUUCACCCAUUGAUACCACGCCACCUAAAACUUUACCCAGAGACUUGCGAAAAAUUUUGGACGAAGCUAGAGAAGGUGUGAUCUAUAUUAAUCUACACGGUGUGACUAGUGCAAAAUUUAACAAAAAACGGGUUACUAUUUUGCAAGCUUUGUCUGAGCUACCAUACAAGAUUCUAUGGAAGUGGGACUACGACCAAGAGACACCGUCAAACAUUGUCGUGCGAAAAUCAAUCCCGGAGAGGGAUCUUCUAGCUCAUCGCAAUGUCAAAGCAUUCGUCACUGAGGGUGACAUCCACUCCAUAGAAGCAGGAAUUUCGAACGAAGUACCGCUAAUAAUCGUCACGUUUAUGCAAAACAAACCCUCGAACGUCAAGAGGGUCCUCAAACUAGGUAUUGGCGGAAAAAUCAACCUGGACACUCUAACGAAGACCAAGCUGAAGAACAUUGUCGUCAAAGUUGCUGAAACAAGAUCAUAUAGAACUAAAAUUAAAGAAGCUAAGAAUAUUUUGUUGGAUAAACCCAUGACGGGGCUGGAGAGUGCCGUUUGGUGGUCGGAAUAUGUUAUUAGGCAUAAAGGGGCGAGGCAUAUGAGGAGUUUUGCUGUCGAUAUGCCCAUGUACAAGUAUCUUCUGUUGGAUGUUAUAUUGUUUUUGGUUCUUUUGGUUACUUUGUUUCCGUAUCUAUGUUACUGUGUUGUCGUCAAAGUGGUGAAGAAAUUGAUGAGUAAAAAGAAAUCUGCAGAGAAAGAAAAGAAAAAUUAGAUAGUAGUUUGAGUUAUGUUGUAGUUGAGUUUGUAGUAAGAAAUGUGUGGAUGGGUUUAGGGAGUAUACAAUAAUAUGUGUUAUGACAA